ACACUCUUCCUCCACACCUACCUUCUUCUAGGAAAAGCUUGUUUUGACUAUUUCCAGCUAGUUUUUUGUUUGUUUACAUAGAAAUUCACGACACGCGGAGCUGCUGGUUGAAUGACUUAAAUUGAGUCAUGCUGUCGUGUCGUUUCGGUUUUUGUUUACGUGAAAAGUUUCAGCUAGUAUAAACAAAACAGCGGCUGCUUUCCUGUGCUAACUAGAGCCAACGACUUCUUUUACAGUGAAACGGUGAACGAAAACGGUGUCGAUUUAGACGAGUGCGUUGAAAAAGCACGAAAAAAGACAUUGACACACACAAAAAGACAGAAUUGUUUGUUUUGUUGUUCAUCCUCUAAGCACUUUUUGAGCACCCUUGAACUUUUCCCCGGAGCAACCCUCUAAAAACCCUUCCAGAAACCCUUUCGAGAACCCUUUAAGCACCCUCUUUGGUGCCGUCUUCAUCCUUCACUUUCUUUUGUUGCCUGUUGCUAGUACACGGUGACAGUACGACCAUUGGAUCUACGAGUUCAAUUGGACGUACGCGGACAAAAAAACAAAACCAGCAUCCUGCUUUCUCUUCUUUUGUUACGAAUUUCAUUAUGACCAAGUACGAAAUCUUGGAAAAAAUUGGCCGAGGCAGUUUUGGCGAGAUUCACAAGGUGCGUCGAGUGCACGACGGAACAAUAUUAGCACGGAAAGAAAUCUAUUUUGGAAACAUCUCGCGCCAGGAAAAGCAGUACAUUGCAGACGAAGUCAACAUUCUGCGGAAUCUUAGCCACCCCAACAUUGUCGAAUACUGCGGUGAAGAAAUCAAUCGCUCGGCCAAAAUCAUCCACAUUUUUAUGGAGUACUGCGGCAAUGGCGACCUGGACAAGUUGAUUGACACGUUGCGCUCCAAAGGUGAGCGGGCGCCGGAACACGAUAUAUGGCGGUACAUGACACAGCUGUUUUUGGCCCUGUAUCGCUGCCAUUACGGCCAUGAUGCGCCCGAGUCCUUGCACUUGCAGCGCGGCGAGCCCAGUCGUGGUGAACAGCCGUCCGUGCUGCAUCGAGACAUAAAGCCAGCAAACAUAUUCCUCGACGACAAAAACUCCAUCAAGCUUGGUGACUUUGGGCUUUCAAAACUACUCGACAAUAACCGGAUGUUUACACACAGCUACGUUGGAACUCCAUACUACAUGGCUCCCGAAGUCAUCCGCAACUGCCCGUACACAGCCAAGUGCGAUGUAUGGUCGGUGGGAUGUGUGCUGUACGAGCUGUGCAUGCUUCGACGCCCGUUCGAGGGCGUGACCCAUCACGAACUGCAGGUCACCAUUUGCAACGGAACCAUCGAGCCUUGGGACGACUACUAUAGCCCCGAGCUGCGGCAGCUGAUUGAUACAUGCAUGGAAGUGGACGCGGUGAAGCGGCCUACUGCCGCUGACAUGCUGCGAAAUCCGUACUUGGCAAUGACGCGGCGAGACAUGCAGACAAGCGAGCUUACUCUUCGCAUGGAGGCAAAACAAACCGAGCUCAAAAACAAGGAAGUUGUUCUGCGGCAACGGGAAAACGAAAUCUACACCCUGGAGCGCGAGAUGUUGGCACAAAAGGCAGAGUUUGAAACGGUGUUGCAAAAACACAUUGCUCAACGGGAAUUGGCCAUGCGUGUCGAGAUGGAAAAACAAAUGCGGGAACUCGAUCUACGCUACCAACGCAACCUGCAGCAAAUCCUCGCCAGUCUGCAGGCCAGUGUGCCGCGUUCCAACGAGCAUGGAGCUGAUGUAUUCCCUGGCUUUGUCGAUGUCCAGCGCGAGCUCGCGGCCAUCAGCGAAAACGUGCAAAGCCAGUGUGAUACGAGUGUGGCCGAAAUGAUGGUUGACUCGAGUUUUUAUCCCAAGAGCCGUCCUGCAUUGUCUAUGAGCAGUGUUGCAACGCAGGAACUGUCUCGACCGACGCCGCUGCAAACAGGCCUGCAAUCAGUGACAACGCCAGCGUCAGCACAGGCCGCACAAGUAUUAGCGCCGGCGGCAAAGGCUGCAAAGGCCACGGCGGUCACUGCCCUUCCAGCAGGCCCAACGGUAGACCCGUUUGCAGUCUUCUCGGCCGUGACGCCUACGAAUCCGUUUGCGGCAGCGCUAGCCAAAGUCAAGCAAGCAUCGGGGGCCCGGGCCUCUGGGCCUCGUUCUUACGGAAGCCCAUCGCUGGGAACACCUACGCUUGCAAGCAGCAGCACCCGGGGAGCAAACACACCGUUGUCAUUAGACUCGUCCUCGCACACGCCGCUGACGAGUCCGGCGGACGAAGAAACAAACGGGCUGCGAGAGAGACACGAGGUGUACCAGCGGCUGCGGCAAAGCAUGCAGCGUCUGCGCGACCAGCCAACGCAUUGUCAGCACAAGUUCACCAGUCAACCCAAGACGCGGAAGAACCCGCGACUGCUGGCCCAGGCGGCACCAGCGGGAGCUGUGGGCGACAGGGAGAGCUACGCUGCACAGCCCACUGGCUCGAGCAUUCUUCAGAAGGCUCGCGGCGGGCGGAAGAAGCAGCACGUUGAGGGCUAUGCCCAGGAAGGCCGCCGGUCGCCGCGGCACGCCGUGUCGCCCAUUGUGAGCAACAGCCAACUGCGUCGGCCUGCCGUAGACAUUGACGACGGGACCACUCCGUAUGUCAGCAGUGCGAGCAGCGCGAGCAGUGCUGACAGCUGCGGGUCCACCGCCGUCUCUGUGUCGACGGCGGCGGCGGAGCCCGUCACCCCGACGAAGCACGGCGUCUCUGGCCUCUACUGCUACGACGACGAGAUCCCCAGUCCCUUCCUAUGCAAGUCUUUCCGGCCUCAACGCAGCAUUCCCAAAAGGCACUAA